AUGGCCGCGAUCGUCUGGUGGCUGGCGGCCUGCUGCCUGCUGCGCGCCGCCACCGCCGGCAACCCCGACGCCAAGCGGCUCUACGACGACCUGCUGUCCAACUACAACAAGCUGGUGCGGCCCGUCGUCAACACCACCGACGUGCUCCGCGUCUGCAUCAAGCUCAAGCUCAGCCAGCUCAUCGAUGUCAACUUGAAGAACCAGAUUAUGACCACAAACCUGUGGGUGGAGCAGUCGUGGUAUGACUACAAGCUGCGCUGGGAGCCGCGGGAAUACGGAGGAGUGCACAUGCUGCACGUGCCGUCCGACCACAUCUGGCGGCCCGACAUCGUGCUCUACAACAAUGCCGACGGCAACUUCGAGGUAACAUUGGCGACCAAGGCGACCAUCUACCACCAGGGGCUAGUCGAAUGGAAACCGCCUGCCAUUUACAAGUCUUCCUGCGAAAUUGACGUCGAAUAUUUUCCGUUCGACGAGCAAACAUGCGUUCUUAAGUUCGGUAGCUGGACGUACGACGGAUUCAAGGUGGACCUGAGGCACAUGGAUGAGCAGGCCGGCAGCAACGUGGUCUCCGUGGGCGUGGACCUCUCCGAGUUCUAUAUGUCCGUGGAGUGGGACAUCCUCGAGGUGCCUGCGGUUAGGAACGAGAAGUUCUACACGUGCUGCGACGAGCCCUACCUGGACAUCACCUUCAACAUCACCAUGCGGAGAAAAACCCUGUUCUAUACCGUCAAUAUCAUCAUCCCCUGUAUGGGGAUAUCAUUCCUCACAGUCCUCACAUUUUAUUUGCCUUCAGACAGCGGGGAAAAGGUAACACUAUCAAUAUCAAUAUUGAUUAGUCUCCACGUGUUCUUCCUGCUAGUUGUUGAAAUCAUCCCUCCGACUUCACUGGUUGUGCCCCUCCUGGGAAAAUACCUUAUAUUCGCUAUGAUCCUCGUUUCAAUCAGUAUAUGCGUGACGGUGGUGGUGUUAAACGUCCACUUUAGGUCACCGCAGACGCACAGGAUGGCGCCGUGGGUCAAGAGGGUGUUCAUUCAUAUCCUACCAAGGCUGCUGUUCAUGAAACGACCGCAGUACAAAUUCGACACGACGAGAUCACGGUAUACAGCGUGUGGCGUCGUGGUCCGAUGCGGGGGCGCCGCGCGGCCGCUCUACCCGUACCGGUUAGCGGCAGCCGAUGAUGACUGCUGUGCGCCGGGUGCUUGGCCCCCGCCCGCAGCGCCGCCGCGCCCACUCACGCGCACUCCUAGCAAGGAAGACCUCACGCACACCACUUACCUCAACUCAGGUAUGGGGGAAAGCAACCGCUUUGGCGGCAGUUGUGUAGUGCACGGGUCCACCGAAGGCGGCGGGGCUGGGCUCGCGGGGGCCGACGAGGAGACUCUCAGUCCCGUGCCCGACCCCCCGCCAGGGUUCAGCCACUCAGCCUGCCCGCCAGAAGUCCACAAGACUUGCUUCUGCGUCAGGUUCAUCGCGGAACACACGAGAAUGCUCGAAGAUUCCACUAAGGUAAAAGAAGAUUGGAAAUACGUUGCAAUGGUGCUCGACAGAUUAUUCCUAUGGAUAUUCACGCUGGCCGUGCUAGUGGGUACGGCCGGCAUCAUCCUGCAGGCGCCCACGCUCUACGACGACCGGGUGCCCAUAGACAAGCACUUCAACCAGUACGCCACCUCGUCUCUGGUGCGAUGUCCGCCGCCCGCGUAAUACCAUACUCAAAACCCGACGAUGUACCGAUUGC